GCUUCCGAUCCCGCCCGCUCGCUUCCGGUCGCGAGCUGCGGAGGACUGUCUUGGGUCGCGAUGGCGCUUACCCUGAGCCUCUGGUUCGGCGGUCGUGUCCGGGCUGCUGUCGCUCGUUGUGGGUUCGCGACCCAGGGCGUGGCGGGACCGGGCCCGCUCAGCCGCGAGCCGGACCCCGAUUCCGACUGGGAGCCGGAGGAGCGGGCGCUCCAGGAGGUGGAGAGCACUCUGAAACGACAGAAAAAUGCAAUACGGUUCCAGAAAAUUCGAAGGCAAAUGGAGGCUCCCGGUGCGCCACCCAGAACACUGACGUGGGAAGCCAUAGAGCAGAUCCGGUAUUUACAUAAGGAAUUUGCAGAGUCCUGGUCGGUUCCCAGGUUGGCAGAAGGCUUUGAUGUCAGCACCGAUGUUAUCAGAAGGGUUUUAAAAAGUAAGUUUGUUCCCACUUUGGAGCAGAAACUGAAGCAGGAUCAGAAGGUCUUGAUAAAAGCUGGUUUCGCCUCGGCUUCUGGAGAUGCAGUGAAGUCACUCAGUGCAGGGCAUUCUGUUUCUGGCCUGCUGCCGCCAGGGGAUGAAGUUUUGUCUAAACGUCAGACUCACAGCACAGCAGGUGCACAGAAGAGCCAGAAAGAAAGGACUAAAAGAGAAAGCUUGCUGCCUGCCACUGCAGCCACGGGCCAUCAGAGAAAGCGUGAGAAGCACACCACCAGCGAUUCGGAAGCCACCAGAAGAGCUGAUGGUGACAGAGUGCCAGGUGUAGAGAAGCCAGGGGAGCUGAAGGCUGGGGAGCCACGUGAUCAGAAUUUCACCAGCAAAGUCGUACAGCGGGGACGUGAGUUCUUUGACAGCAAUGGGAACUUUCUCUACAGAAUUUGAGCCUGGGCCUGACUUUCAGAGAUGCCUUCACACAGCUGAGCAAGUAGAUUUGCAGUUGCCAGCAUUCCUGCCGAUUUGGAAGAAAAAUUAAGGCUAGGAUGUGGGUGGAGGAGCUACUUGACUAGAGUCAGACUUCUGGAGUAAGCCCCAUUGGACCCUGCGGAUCUAAAUACUCAUUCAUCCUUACUGCUUGGUCUCUCUGUUGAGAACAAGAAUUACAUGUCAUGAAUGUCUGUUACUGUGUUGGGAGGAAAUGGAAAGCCUGCCUCCUGACCUCAUUUCUUUCUUGAUCACUAACUGUUCUCGCACAGUUUAAUCAGUUGGUUUCCUUAUGUGCAAAAUAAAGUAAAGCAUUAGAAUUAUAACUAGCUCCAUCUGUCUACGACAAACAGAUCUUAAGUCUCUCAUCGCUUACUCCUCAGUGAGCCAUAUAGCUCUAGUUAUUGCCGCUAUCAUAAUCCAAACUCCAUGGAGUUUUAUAGGAGCCACGACACUAAUAAUCGCUCACGGCCUAACCUCCUCCCUAUUAUUCUGCCUAGCUAAUACAAACUAUGAACGCAUCCAUAGCCGAACAAUAAUUAUAGCCCGAGGUCUACAAAUACUAUUUCCCCUAAUAGCUACAUGAUGAAUUCUAGCAAGCCUAGCUAACCUUGCUCUACCACCAACAAUUAAUCUAAUAGGAGAACUAAUAAUCACAACCUCUAUAUUUUCCUGAUCUAAUCCAUCCAUUAUUCUCCUAGGAAUAAAUAUUCUUAUCACUUCCAUCUACUCAAUUUACAUAAUUGUUACUACACAACGAGGCAAACUAACUAAUCAUAUAAACAACCUACAACCUUCAUAUACACGAAAAUCCACACUCAUAGCCUUACAUAUUCUACCACUCAUCCUACUUACUAUUAACCCUAAACUAAUUAUAGGCCCCACACUAU